AUGCCCCAUGUCUUCCUGGUCAGGAGUAGGCGUCUGCAAACACCUAAUUGGGACUACCUGACUGACCAACUCUGGGGAGAUGCCUAUGUCCCAGGGGGGCCCCUUACUAAGCCUGGAGCCAACAAGUGGAUAGUGAUUUGUUGUGGUAAGGGCUUUCACAACGCCUUUGCUCACAUGAGGAUUCAUACCAGUGAGCAGCAACAAGGACAUAGAGGGGCUACUGGAUCCUGGGUGGGGAUGGAACAAAAUAGAGGGAGGUGCCCUGGAUAUAGAGUUUUCAUUUGUUUGUGUUUGUGGAGGAGACUCAGCUUGGAACAUCACAUACUUAAUCAGAUGGGUGUAAUGUACUGCACUUGGAGGAUCCAUCCAUUCCACUGCAGAGUUUGUGGGAAAGCAUUUACAUAGCACUGAUAGCUUGAAACGCAUCUUGCCAAGGUGCACGGCCGGUCAGCCAGCCAGCUACACUUAGCUUACCCUGAGCUCCGUGAGAAGUUACAUGUGUGCACGAUCUGUGGCUUCACUAGUUCGAGGCACACUUUCGCGCAGCACUGGGCCCUGCACCGCGCUGCUUGA